UUUGUCUGCCCGGCCCGAACCGUCCCGGCUGUGCUGCGCGAUUCGACCCGGCCUGGCCACGGGCUGCGGCGGGAGGAGCCGCCAUGGAGGCCGUGAGCGCGCUGCUGGCCGGCUGCCCCACGGGCGGCCUGGCCGGCGGCCUCGGAGUCACUGUGUGCGCCGCCGCCGGCGUUCUACUCUACAGAAUCGCGCGCAGGAAAAAGCCAACCCACACGACUGUCAACUGCUGGUUCUGUAAUCAGGACACCGUGGUGCCCUACGGGAACCGCAACUGCUGGGACUGCCCCAACUGUGAACAGUACAACGGCUUCCAGGAGAAUGGCGACUACAACAAGCCCAUCCCUGCCCAGUACCUGGAGCACCUGAACCACGGGGUGACCACCGCUGCCCCCUUCUGUGACGGCCCCCAGCCCCAGCAGUGGGUGAGCAGCCAGGUCCUGCUGUGCAAGAAGUGCAACAGCCACCAGACCACCAAGAUCAAGCAGCUGGCCUCCUUCGCCCCCAGAGAGGAGGGUAAAUAUGAUGAGGAAAUUGAAGUCUACAGACACCACCUGGAGCAGAUGUACAAGCUGUGCCGGCCCUGCCAGGCGGCUGUGGAAUAUUACAUCAAACACCAGAACCGGCAGCUGCGCGCUCUGCUGCUCAGCCACCAGUUCAAGCGGCGGGAGACCGACAAGACCUACAAGCAGAGCUUCUGUUCUUCACCAGUGACUGCUCCAGCUCAGGUCAUCCUCCUCCGCUUCCUUGCCUUCCUGAUCUGCAGCUUCCUGCUCAUCACUGCCCUGUAUGGAUCUGGCCAUCCCUUCUCUGCUGCCUCCUGGACCCCUGCUCUGUUGGCAGGGGGAAACGUCUCUUCCUCUGGGACCUCGGCCUCUUCCAACACCACUGCUGAUCCAGAGGCCCUGGACUGGCAGCAGCUGCUCCAAGUGCUUCCUGAGCAUGUGCUCGAGAAGCUCUGUGAGGCUUGGGACUUUGGCCAGAGCCACCAGAUGGUGGUGGUGGCAUUGGGCCUGCUCACCUGCCUUCUGGCCAUGCUGCUGGCUGGCCGCAUCAGGCUCCGGAGGAUCGACGCCUUCUCCACCUUCCUGUGGUUUCUGAUCCUGGGGCUGCACCUGGUGGAGCGUUACGUAGAGGUGGACUCCCUCCGCUGGCUCGACACGCUCAAGUUCAGCGCGACCUCGCUGUGCUGCCUGGUGGGCCUGACUGCAGCCGUGGCUACCCGCAAAGCAACGGGCCAGCGGAGAUACCGGCCCCGAAGGUAUCUCUCAGGAGACUCCAGUCCCUUCUUCCCCAGCAGCAGUGGAUUGGCCUUUCCGUACCCUCCAGUGUCGCCCACCAUGCUGUUCCCAGUCCCAACCCCACCCACCCUCUUCCAGCUGACCAACCAGCAGCUGUUCAGGUCUCCACGACGCACGUCCUCUUCCUCCCUGCCAGGACGACUCAACAGGGCCCUCUCCCUGGGGACCAUCCCCUCCCUGACCCGAGCAGAUUCAGGAUAUCUCUUCAGUGGGAGCCGCCCCCCAUCUCAGGGAUCUCAAUCCAAGGAAUCGCCUAUAUCAGAUUACUUCACUCUGCUGUCUGGGAGUUGUGCCUCGUCCCCUCUUCCUUCCCCGGCUCCCUCUGUGGCAGGAUCCGUGGCCUCCAGCUCUGGCUCCCUUCGCCUCCGCCGGCCACUCAUUAGCCCAGCCCGCCUCAACUUGAAGGGGCAGAAGCUUCUGCUCUUCCCAUCCCCCGGGGAGGCCCCCCACAGUCCCAGCAGCUCCGACGAGCCUGGCCCUGCUGACGGCAGUCUGCUCAGUCCGGAACCCCCCCUCGUCCCCAUGUCCAGCCUGCACCCAUUCACACAGAGCCAUGCCCCUGCAUCAAGCGUCUCUCUGUCCCCAGACCUGCGGUCCCCGGUGGAGAACGGCAGCCUCUGCAGCGACCUCUCCAUCAGAAAAGAGGACGGCUCGUCCCACUCGUCAGCCUGCGUGGUGGACACCACGACCAAAGGGUGCCUGGAGGAGGCGGCGAGCUGGAGAGCUCGCUUCGGCAGCUCGGUGGUGCGCGGCCUCCUGGCCGUGAGCCUGGCGGCCAACGCUCUCUUCACGUCUGCCUACCUGUACCAGAGCCUGCGCUGAGCCCUGCCGCCGGGGCGCCGGGCCUCCCGUGCCCUCGGACCGCCCCGCAGGAGGGGCUCCCGUUACGCACAUCGCGGGUCACGCCGCCCCCACCUCUGCCCUCCCCCACGGGCCUGGCUCUUUCCUCCCGCCACCACCAAAGACUGCAGGGCGAGAACCCCACCCCGGGGUCCGCCCCCCGACGUCUCCGGCUGUCGUCCUCCCGAGCCCGGUGACUUCGGUAUUGUGUAUUCAGGAAUGGAAGCAGCUGCUGCUGGGGAAAGGAGAGACCCGUCCAGGGCUCGGCACGAGACGCAGCAGCUGGUCCCAUCUUCCCUUUUUGCCCAUUUUCUAAACAGGACGGCUGCUCUGCCCAGGGCUCGGGCUUAGGCCCUCAGUGGUCUUCCAGGUCCUGCCUGAGGGCUCUCUGGUUGCUUGGCCCUGUGGGGGUGUCUGGAGCUCAGGCUUCCCCAGGAUGUUCCUCUGGCCAGAGAGACCUCCACCACUGACCCGAUGGGCUCUCGGGCCACCACAAGCCAGACUGUUGUCCCGUCCCAUCUUGUCUGUGGGGCGUGGCUUUGUCGAGGCUUGGGAGGAGCCGCGGCCCUCCCGAGGGUUCAGCUGGGGGCUGUGUUCCUUGGGGCUCGGAAACAAGGCGCGGGGUGGGGGGGCUGGAGGGGGUGCGUUUCAUUCUGGAGCAAGAAGAGGUGGUGGAUUUGAGGGCCCUCAGCAUCUGAAGGAUGAGCAUCCUCUGCCUUGCCCUCUUGGGCUGCCAUCCUGUAGCAGGCUCUGGUCCCUCUGUCUGACUCCUGCUGGGGCAGUGAAAUCUGCUCUGUGCCAAGGAAGCACCUUCCUCUGCGGCCACCACCUGGGGCCUCUGCCCCACUCCCUCUUCCUCAUCCCUUCACACAUUUUGGGUCUGAGUGGCCAGACACUUCCCACCCCCCGGCCCCAUUAGUGCAUUUUGUCCCAGCUCCCCCAUCCCCAGACACUCUAGGGCCGAGUGUCAGCUUGCCUCCCUCCCCCCUCUCCUGCCCCGGCCUAGCUCUCUUCUUGUGGCCAAGGGCCACCCUUGUGCCCUAAUGUUUUUUCUAGGACAGCUCCUCUCUUUCUCCCCACCCACUGCCAGUGGGGGACUUCACUGUGAAACCUCUCCCCGAACGAUCUGCUCGGUCAGAGGGGACAGAUGGUGCUACCUCCAGCUUCCGUGCUUUUCUUGGAGACCCCACCAUCUGGGUUCGGCUGGUCCCCCUGCCAGCCCCCUGCUGCACCCGCCUCUGCUUUCACCCCCCAUUUCCUCUUUUCUUCUGGUGACUGCCGGUAUAGUGAUUUUAUCCGGCUGCGCUUCUUUUUUCCUUCCUGACUCCCAUGCUGCGUUCCCCAGUGAGCUUGAGAAGGGGAAAACGGGCUUUUGCUGUCUGCUGCUUGAACUCCCUGGGAGGCCGGGCCUGAUGGCCGAGGAGACUCGUGUCCACGUCUGUGUAGUGUUUGUGAUCGGAGCCAAACUGGGUACAUCGUUGGGCCUGAGCCUGUGCUGUAUUGCGUGUGUCCACAUCACACAGCUAUGGUAUCGAUGCUCAUAGGGUGGGUGUCUGUCUCAUGGAAUCGGGCCCAGCCUAUGAGGGAGUUCUUGGCAGGGCUGCAGAGAACACUCAGAAGGGUAGCGGUUCUUGCACACGGUGGUGUUAGAGGAGGGCAUUUUACUGUUCUAAAAAAGCCUUUUAUUUUUCAGCCCAGUCAGGUGUUUGGAGAAGAAUGAACUGUCUUAGAAUCUUUUGAACUAAGAGACUUCAGGGUUCUUACUCUUGGAAAUUUUUUUUUCUUAUUAUUUCUUACCAAAUGUUUGGAAAAGGGACAGUGACUGUGGGAGGCCCCUGAGACCUCAAUGAAUUUGCCUUUCUCCCAUCCCAGCCUCUGCUUCUCACCCUCCCAAGGGGAUGGAUCUGCUUUUCUGUGAACUUUCCUCGAGGGCUGAGAGGCAGUUCUGAUUUAGGAAGUCCUAUUACUGACAUAGGCAGGCAGCGUGACCCUGGGCAAGCCAUUAGACUCCCAACUCUCUUAAGAUUUAAGUUACAGAGGAAUUGAUGAAGUCACAGAUCUACAAGGAAGCAGUCCAUGGCUAAGAGAUUGAUACCACUCAGCCCUAACUAGGUUAGAACUUUAAAAACUAGGUUGGGUGGUUUGUUUUUGGUUUGUUUUUUCCAAUUUUAAUAAAUUAGUCCAGACAGUGAGGUUUUUGUUUGCUUGUUUGUUUUAAACACAAAACACCACCUCUGUUUUCCCCAUGACUCCCUUCCCAAAGAAAUAGUGAAUGGGGACCCUUCAGAUAGUGCUGAAGUCUCCCAUCGGGGCCAAAGCAACCUCUCAGGACUCAGAUGCUGCCUCAAGGGAAGAGCCUCCCCUUCCUCCUCACCCCAGCUCAUCUAGCCUCUAAGAAGAUUCCUUACUGGGGAAGCCAGGCAGCAAAAUCCCCUACCCCCCCCCUUCUCCCAAGCUUUCUUCAUCACCAUUAUUAGUGGGCCAUGUGCUGUAGAGGGGUAUCAAACUGUGUGGGGGUCGGGGGGGAGGGCAUGAGGGAUGGGAUGGGCGUCUCCCAGGUGGUUUAGAGUUUUGUUCUUUUUCAAGCAAAAAAAAAAAAAAGAGAGAAACUUUAUUUUUCUUUAUAAAAGGAAUUAAAAAAAGAUGUCUGAUAUUUUUUGAAUUUUGAUUUUUUUAAAUGUUGAAAUAUAAAUCUCAGUGCUGUGUUUGUAUUUAUUUAUGCUUCUGGUCAGCAUUGCCAUUGCCUGGCCUACUUGGUGGGCUGGGGCUGAGGAUCUGGGCUUGGAAUUGGGAAGAGAAACUUCCUACCUUGAGAGAAGGAGAUUUCUCUUGUUCUGGGAAUAUUUUGGGAUGCUCCAGGAAGUGAGGGAGCUGACCAAUGCUUCCUGAAGCUGCAGCAGUAUUAGCUUAGUUAGCUCUGAUUUUCAUGAGCGUUAACAGUUCAACUUGGCAGAUGAGAGAGAUGCUGGACCUGGUUAGGGCUGACAGGGAGGGGUGGAGUUCUCUGCUAGAACUGAAGAAAAGUAAGAAGAAAAAUAGUUUUCUUCUAUUUGUUUUGGGUUCUUACAAGGCUUCUUUUUGCUUUAGUUUAUCAGCACCAUCCCAGUCUCCUUGCUUCCUGCAUCUUUCUCUUAUCCAUCUGCAGUGUGGUUGCCACUCCAUUCCUGGAGCAUCGGGAUCUGGCUGUUUCUGUGCUGAAGAGUCUUCCUUGGCUCCCCAUUGCCUCUGGGAUGGGAUGCAAACUGCCUUUAAGCCUUUCCUCGAGUGGCUCUAGCCUACCUUUCUAAACUACAGAUUGCUCCCCUUUCAUGCAUUCUGUGGUGGUUCUCAUCUCUUUUUUUCAGCCCAGGAUUCGGUGUUCUUUGCCAUGAGGAACCACAGCACACCUCAGGAUUUGGCAGCAGUGUAAAAGAGGCGGUGCAAUUUCCCUUCAAUAAGAGAAGAAUUUUUGGUGAAUCCUUUGUAGAGAAGUGUGUACAUGUCCUAAAUAAGUUGUAUUCAUUUUUUUUUUCAAAAGGUACAUUUAACCACACUGGUGUGCUGUCUACGUAAAGUCUGCACUCAACAAAACAAAUCGAUUUUAUCUUCAAAAACCAGACAUUCAAAAUCUGGGUGCUCCCAGGCACACUCUCGGAGGACACUGUCUAUUCUACCUGAUUCUACUGUCCUCCACCCACAAGGCCCCCUCUCCUAUCCUCGGACUUGGAAUAAGAUUCUGGCACACCUGGUAGAAUCCUGGGCUUUGAAAGAGCCUCCAAGAUUUUUUUAUUCUCCCUUAGCUUUGCACAUUAUCUGAUGCAUAUUCAUCAACUUGACUUAGUCUCCCUCCCUUCCCUUUAUUCUGUUGGAAUAAAAUCGUCCUGUAAAUA